UUUUUUAUGUUGUUUUCAUUCGGCUAGAGCACGCAAAUUUAAUCACCAAGCGAAUACCUUUAAACUGUCUUUUUACUCAAAAAGCCAAAACAAAAGUCUUGUUUUAAAAUUUCUUCAAAUGUCACGUAAUCAAACAUUGGGCCUUUUCAAGAUGCAACAUAUUUAAACAACUUGUCGUAGACGACCGUUAGCAGUCUCAUAGGUGUCUCAAAGAUAGAAUGAAUACAUUUAGUUUAUUGUUUCAAGUCGUGAUUGCAUUUGUGGCGGUAAACUGCCAGCAACAAUAUUUGCAACAGCCGUGUUCUGGAAAUGUUGGACACUUUGACCAACAGUUGUUGGAUUCACAUUCCAACUCUGGUGCUUCAGCGGGUGCAAAUGCUGGUUCCAACAGCCAAAACUCAAUUUUCAACAACAAUGGUCAAUUGAUUUCUGGACCAGGUGGUCUAGUCGGACCAAUCUCUGGAUCGGUUUCUGGACCAUUAUCUGGACCAAUUGGUGGACCUUACAAUGGUCCAUCGGCUUCCCAGUACAAUUACGCCGCAGUAGACCCUAGAGCCCAAAACACCCAAGUCUCUGAAUCUUACCACUCAAACAAGGGCGAGAUCCUUAUCCAUCGUCCAGCUCCAAUUAUUGUUAAGCGCCCACCCACCAGGGUUCUAGUCAACCAUCCUCCAAUUGUUGUCAAGCCAGCUCCAGUUGUCCUACACAAGCCCCCACCAGUAAUUAUGCGUAAGGUAUUCGUCAAGCAACACCCACGUCCAGUCAAGGUUGAGCCAGUGUACGUCAACGUUGUUAAGCCCCCAGCAGAGAAAUACUUCGUUAACGAGAAGGCCUCGCAAGGAGCUGCUGGAGUUGGAUACAACCAAUUCCAACAAGGUCAAUCAUACUUCCAAGGACCAUCAGGUCAACUCGUUGGACCAGCUCAAUUCAUUGGAGGAGCAGGUCAAUUCACCAACGGUGGACCAGCAGCUCAAUUCGCCAACGGAUUAGCCGGUCCAUACGGUAAUGGAUUAGCCGGUCAAUACGUCAACGGACCAGCUCAACUCAUCAGUGGGCCAGCCCAAUACGCCAACGGACCAGUUUUCUCAACUGGACCAGCUCAAUUUUCCUUCCAAAACGGCCAUUCUGAUUCCCAGUCACAAGCUCAAGCACAGGCUUCCACUCACUCUGAAUCAGAUUCACACAACCAACAACAACAGUUGUCUUUGUAAUCCGACAAAUACAAAUACAAUACAGUUCUUAAGUAGGAAUAUGAAUGUGUUUGCAGAAUAGAAAAAACACAUUGAAAAUAUUUUGGAAAAAAAUGUAUUUAUAAACAAACGAAUUUCCUUAAAUAAAAUGUAUUUUUUUUAA